UCCGAGGAAUAGUCAAAAAAGUUCGCACGCCUCUCCCAUGUCCAACCAACCCGCAGCCGCCCCUCUUCUAUUUCUGUUGCGGUGCCGCUCCUCCCUCCAUCCAGCUCAGCUCUCUCGCUGCAGCUCACUCCCACAGCCCCACUCUCUUGCUCGAUCUGCUGCCUUGUGUGAUGGCUCGAGCACGACCAUCGAGCACCCUCUGGUCGCUGGUGAAGACCGUUGGCGCCGGCAUGCUCAGCUUCGACUUCCCCAUACGCUCCACCGGCCUCGCCACACAUGCGGCGGCCCCGCCAUGCUCCCCACCUUCGCGUCCAUGCCAGGCGAUCUCCUGCUGGUUGACCGCCGUCGCCUCGACUGGUUCCGCGGCGACGUCGUCGCCUUCCGGGAAGAGCCUGUUGGGCCGGGUCAUAGUCAUACAUAUAAACAGAAUGGUUUUUGGAUGCGUGACAUGAAUUGGUUGCAGGAGCCUGGACGGCCAUAGCAAAGAGCCUAUUUUUAUGGAAGGAAAGGCAUACCACAAAAGGGUUGUCAGCAGGCUGAUUGCGCUGCCCGGCGACCUUGUCCGGCUCCGGGGGACGACGGAGCUCCUGGAGGUCCCCGAGGGCCACUGCUGGGUGGAAGGCGACAACCCCAGCCAAAGCAAGGACUCGAGGACAUAUGGCCCUGUUCCACUUGAGCUGCUGGAGGGGACGGUCACACACAUAGUCUGGCCGCCUCACAGGAUGGCUGCAGUCCCCGGCAGGGUCCCGGAAGAAAGGGUUAGGUUGAUCAUCGACCCCGCUGGCUCUGCAAAGGAAAUGACGGCAGUAGCUCAUUCAUGUGGUAGUGUGGCUCCACGCUCCAGUAGUACUGGAGGAGGCCCUUCCUUAGGAUCCCACAAAGAAGGGUCAUGCCGCAGUGAUUGUAAUUUCAUUUGGCUUGUUAGUCCACGGCUUGUGUGACAAAAGCGGAGCUGUAACGUGCUAUGUGCUGUCAAACAGUGAUAGGUAGCCAAGUUAUUAAAUACUUAAGAGUCAAUUACACCAUCGGUGCUACUCAUGCACGAUGAAUAAGCCCUUUGUCCCUCCUCCAAGAAAAGGCGGC